AUGACCAGCGUCACCGGCUUUUACCAAACAAAUGUGGGAAGAGACAGAAAAAACCAACAGACGCUGUGUUCCUACAGGGACCUAAUUUCAACUGCAGAGGUCUGCAAAUUCAAAUGUGCCAUAGUAUCUUUAGAUUUUGACAAAGCAUUUGACAGAAUUAAUCAUCAAUACCUCAUUCGGGUUAUGAAUGCGAUGAGUUUUCCACCGCGUUUAGUUGCUGUUAUGCGAAAUGCUGUUAUCAAUAAUUCAGCUCGAUUCGUCAUCAAUGGGCAAAUUAGCCGACCGAUAGAAGUUACUAGUUAUCUUCGACUGGGGUGUCCAAUGUCUAUGGAUCUCUUUGCUGUUGCAAUUGAACCCCUGCUCGCCUCCCUGACACGACGUUUGCAGGGCCUUGAAAUCCACGGAAAAAAAAAAUAG